UUUCUAGACGCAAGGACACUCGCCAAGACGCAUGUGUAGUAAUUUAGAAAACAGUCAAUGAUAAAUUCAUGGAGGGAAAGUUAAGCGAACUUCGUGACCUAUUUGGUUUCAAAUUUACUUUUAGUUAUCGUAUGGUACAGUUCUUACUUAAUUCAUCGUUAAUACGUGCGUGUAAAUUUGCUGUUACGUAAACGUGUUGUGCAAAUUGCUAAUAAAAAGUGACAUUCACUUCUAAUAGCAAAAUAGUGAAGAUCAAGACAAUAAACUUUUUGCGAAUCUCAAGUGCAAACCGACCAAAGUUCUUCCAGCACUUGCAAUUUCUCUGAUCUACCAUGAGGAAUGGUGCCAUUAUUGGAGUUUUCAUUAACUGCAUCGCUGUUCAUGCACUUAUCGUUCCGGACGAGCUUCCAUCCUUACUUUCGGUCAUAUACUCAAAUAUACCAACGAUAAAGAAAGGUACCGAUUCGAGGUAUGGGUGGGGUUUCAGAUUAGGGAAUCGGGCUGAUUUUCAAGUACUCGUGGAGUUGGGUCCUCAGUUGAACACGCAGCCCUUGCGCCAGGUGCCCGGCUCGGGGGCCAGCAAACGGAAUGUCCCCAACAACUUAGGGAACUACUUAUACGCGCAACAGCAGGAAAUGAAAAGGAAGAAUGAUUCGUGGCUGGAUAAUUGGAAAGAAAGUAUGCAAACCGCGAGGAACGUACAGGCACUACCGGAAGGCGCCAAACCGGGCUUGGCAGUCGGCGAAAUAGACGCAAAAUCUGUUAUACCAGACGACUCCGCCAUGGUUUUACAAAAAUUGUACACGCUAGCAAGUUCAACAGAAAAACCCUACAGCUGACGACGCUCAAAUAUGCUGUUAUUAUUGCAUUCCUAAUUAGUGUAGGAUUUUUGUUUUUAAGUUCUGGUAGAAAUAUAUAGUAUCUAGUAAAAGAGAG